CUAAAGCAACUACCUAUCAAACUGAAACUUAGGCUAAGUAACUAUCUCACUCAGCCAUAUGGAAGGUCAAACCACAAAGGCAUGCUUUCAGGCAUACUUUCACAUGGGGAGAAGGGGSGGGGGGGGGAGCAGGGGGAGGAGGAGCUUCGGAAGGAGCAGCAGCUGGAUGAGCAGCAGGUGGAGGAGCGGCAGGUGGAGGAGCAGCAGGUGGAGGAGCAGCAGGUGGAGGAGCGGGGGGAGGAGUACUUGAAGGAGCAGCAGGUGGAGGAGCAGCAGGGGAAGGAGCAGCAGGUGGGGGAGCAACAGGUGGAGGAGCAGGGGGAGGGUGUGCAGCAUCGCACUAACGUGCGAUCGUUUUAUGGUGGCAGUCACCAGUCGCUUCUAGCCGAGCAACAUGGAGCACAUCCCGAUCGUGUAUGGGAUCCCCUCGCCUAUCGUGCGCAGCGAGGCAGAGGAAGGUCAAAUCCGUGUCUCUUUCCAUUGGCGGGAGGGGCGAAGGCGCACUGGGAGGUAGAAGGUGGGAGGGAAGAGGGAGGGAGUGAGCGUCGGCGUGGGCUCGGUGGUGUGUCUCCGAGGGAGCUGUCUGUGUGUAAGCUUGGUCUGGCACAAAGUGGCAUGGGGCACGUCCUCUCCUGGUCAACUCGUGUCUUCCGGCAUGUAUAAGUAGUGUCGGGCAUAUCCCAGAUACGCGACUCCUUAUGUGGUAGGCGGCAGCUGUUUGACGAUGAGGAUUGGGAGAGGGAGAGGGUAGGUCCGCAGAACGCUCAGCGGCUGACGACUUGCAAUUCGGGUGAUGCGGCGUCGUUGCCACGUGGUGCAUUCUGCCGUAAUCAGGUGCUUUCUGUUGGGUCUUAUCCAUAAUCAUCUUGUGAUUGACGUCAUCACGACGGGUUCUGUCAAGCGGGUGUGACUCUUUUUGAGGUACUACGUACGGACGUCCGUACAACGGAGCGUUGACAUUGGCGGCGGCGAGGCGUCAGGUUUCGAUCUUGUGACGUGGCGCUAUCCACUUGGCUCUGGUGUUCACGUGGUCGACAGAGACGGAGCAUCAUCAGUGAUAGCGGGAGGAUCUGUUGUCUAAGAAGUCGGGUACUCUCGGAAGCCUAAUUAGAGUGGCGCGCGUGUUGAUAGGGUCUAAACGAGGUGAUUAUUGACUCUGGAGAGGCGGGUCAACGAUCGUGUUGAUUGGGUCUAGAGUAAGUGAUUGACUUACUAGGAGAGGUGGGUCAACGGUCAAAGGUUGCAGUGAUUAGACAAUUGCACGUCUGUGAAAGCGCGUCAACAUGGUUCUCCUGGCAGCAUUUGUGUUGACGCUGCUGUUUUUCUUGGUCGUCUCCAAUCCCGUCGUCUGCUGUUUGACGGCCACGAUCGGCCCGCCGGUGGCGUGCUUGGGAUGUCUCUUAAGUCCUCUCUUUCUAGUUGUGGCUCCUUUCAUCAUCCCCCUCCGCAUGAUUCUCGGCCCUAUGCCUCUCAUUUAGAAGACGACCAAUAUCUCCUUUCGACGUGUGUAACCUUGUCUUCCAUUCAUCGAUUCGUCGUUUGCUUCUUGAUGACGACUGCCAUCUACGUGAUGAUGAUGAUGUGUCAUCUUGAAGAUGACGUGUCAUCAUCUUGGUGAUGACAUCUAGAUGAUGCCGUGGUAUCUGAGGUGUUCACAAUGACCUCGGUCGUACGACUCGUCCCAUCACCCGAAGAGGAAAGUAGAAACGGGUUGAAGAUGGAACAUGGAUGAGAUAGAGAACUCUAGUUUAACUGAUGGCCACAGCUGGCGAUUGUAUAUUUCAUGACUAUCAUCCCAUCGGCCAGCCAGUCCUUUUCUCCCGCCACUUUGUCUAAUUAGCACGAAUGGUGGAAGUGGUGAAAGAUGAUGACGUGGACAUCACCUAUCACGCAGUUUGCUUGCAGCGGUAUAUUUCUGGCGUACGACGUCUACUAGACCACAAUAAACGGGCGGACCGAAUGAAAGAGUUGACUAGGAAUGGAUCGACCAAUGGACGACAUGAAAUGCGCAGCAUCGUAGGGACACCAGCCGCAAGGUCAAGGAUCAGCAUACCGAUUUUCGGCUAGCCGGUCGUCGUACGGGAUGGAGGGUGGUAUUCGUUCACGAUGCAAGGAGAUCCGAUUAAGGGUUCGGGCAUAUCUGGCGUGGUACUCUACUCUAGUGCCGCUCGAUGUACACAAUGCAGGAGUCAUCUGGAGUUAAGUACACAAUGUUCGGGGUAUGGAUAUCACUCAAUCGUCCAGAGUGAGGAUAAAAGGACAUGGGAGCUAAUGGAGGAGAGAGAGAGAGAGAGUUUGUCGAACGCUCAACGGGCGCGGUAAUGGCGGUGGGAACAAUUGUCCGAUAUAACCGAUGGUGUUUUCAUGAAAGCGGUGUCAGUCAGAAAGUGUGAAAUAUAAGAAGGGGAAUUUUCCCCGUGAUAAGU